AUGGAGCUCCCGUACACAACAGUCGACGUCUUUACAGAUACACCCUUCGAGGGAAACCCGCUUGCCGUUGUCACAAUUCCCCCGUCUGUGUCCCUAACACAGAACCAGAAGCAAGCCGUCGCGAGGGAGUUCAACUACUCAGAGACGACCUUCAUUCACGACGUCGACGACGCCACGUCGGCCGAGCGCCGCUUCGAUAUUUUCACCCCGGAGACGGAGUUGCCUUUCGCGGGCCAUCCGACAAUCGGCACCGCCGUCUUCUUGAAGCCCAAGGGUGUCACCAAACUCCAUGCAAAAGCCGGCCCGAUUUCCAUCGAGGAGACCGGUGCUGACUCCGUGAGGGCCGCGAUCCCGCACAAUGUCAGACUUCACCAGAAGAGACUGAAGGAUCUCGGCUCGGGCCCCUUCAGCGAUGCCAAGGGGGACAUCGCUGUCGCCGAGGAGAACGCGCCGAUCUUCAGCAUCGUCAAUGGCAUGACAUUCGCCCUGACUGAGCUGCCCUCGCUUGAGGCUUUGGGCUCGGCGAAGCAUGGCCCGAUUGAUUUUCGACAAGACGAGCUUCUGGAUGAGGGAUGGCGCGAGACUUUCAUCUCGCCUUACUACUUCGUCCGCCUGGGCACCGAGACUAUCGACGGUCGCGUCGUCCAGAAGAUCAGGACCCGCUUGAUCACUCCCACUCUGGAAGAUCCCGCAACGGGCAGCGCCGCGUGCGCGUUGUCUAGCUAUUUAAGCCUGCACGUCUUGAAGGAAGAUUCGGUCUCUUUCGAAAUCACCCAGGGCGUGGAGAUGGGUCGCAAGAGCAACAUCCACACCGAUGUCACCAUCGGCCAGGCCGCAGACGGCACGCGCUUGCUGAGGACGCUACACCUUGGAGGGAAGGCGACGAAGGUCAUGAGCGGCGUCAUCACAUUGCGAGACUAA